CACUCUUUCAAUGCACCCACUCUCUCUCUCUCUCUCUCUCUCUCUAUUACUACACCUCCUCCCAAUCUUCCCCCUACAUCCUCCAUGACCUUUUCAUACAUAUUCAAACUCAGUAUAUCUUGCUACUGGCAGAACAUGCACCCCUCAUGAACCUUGCUCCAUGUGAGACUUCCCGGCGAUCAUAAGACAAUUGCCCCCCCUCCAAUCCAACCCCCGAUCCCCAACGACAGCGUCAUCGCCCUCCAGCGGCCCUUACAACCCCGGGUUUCAAUCAUCAUCCCCAUCCCCCUCCUUCAAACACACCGCAUACUCUCCACCUUGCACUGCACAGCGCGGAGAAAUAUAGAACUUCGCCCUCGGUAUUCGGAGAAGCGAUAGUCUGAACGGUAUUAUCCAACCCGACGAGCACAACACCCUCCCCGCGCCCGCCAUUUCCGGGCCCCGGAACGAGUUUCUAGGGAAGAUGGAGCCCCGCAAAACGCCUCCGGAGUACUUCCUUGAAAUCUUUGCCGACACCACCACCGUUCGAGACGUCUUAAAGGGUAUCCUCAACCUGAUCUUCUUCCACCGAUACUUCCCCUCCAUCCGACCCACCACCUUUGACGUUCUAGACUUCACUCUCCCCGCCAUCAACGACGUCGACCUCGAAACUCUCAUCGACUCGCGCAUCAGCUCCCUCGUCCGCCAACACUCGGCAACCAGCGGCGGCGGUGGUGGUAGUGGCAGUGCCGGGGGCGGCGUCCGCGGCCGCAUCGCAGUGGAAUUCUACGAGAAGCGACGCCGACGCUCCGGCAUCUGGUUUGGCGGCCUAGCGGGCAAAGGUGAGGAGGAAGUCUGCUGGGAGGUCUGGAAUCUGGACGUGACUAUCGCCACGCCACGGACUGAAUCUGAACGGGCUAAGGUCCGCAAAGCAAUGGAGAAUAUGCUCCAGAAGGCUGCACUCAAGAUCCUCGCCGUGGUCAAUCGCGAUAAGGAUCAUAUCCCACCCAUCACGACCAGCGACUCCAACCCCUUCCCUUAUCGCAUUGUCCUCAACCCGCGCACAGAUGGGUGGCAGAAUAGGUUUGGGCUGUAUUAA